CACACUGUUAAACAUCGGUUUAUAAUAGAUAGAUACAAUGUAUUUCAAAAUCUCAAUUAUUUUGCUUCUAACUUGUUUGAUGUUUGUCGAAUCCACUGUAACACUAAAUAAUUCAGAAUUGUUACAACGUUCUUGGGCAAAUAUCAGGACUAGAUCCGCAAUGGCAACGUAUUUCAACAUAAGCGUACCGCAACUUGAAAAUUUAGCGGCAACAAAUAAUAUUCCAAACCUAGACCAUGUAUCGUUGGAGCAGUUUAGGACGCUUGCAAUACUGGUUGUUCGUAAUGGAUGGAAUACUGUAGAGAAUCUUACAAAUGCCAACCCACACAAGAUCGUACCCAUUCAAUAAGCUGACUGCUCCAAAAAUAUUAACGGUUUGUUAUAAUUUGAACCUGGACCAAAUUGUAAUAUACAACUCAA